AACACACCUGAGUGCUGGAGCAGGUAGAAAUCGGAUGGAAGUGUUCUCACGAUAUAUUUUGACGGGGAACCUGUACAUUUGACAGAACAAUGAUAAGGGAUUGACUAAAACUAACCAGUCAGUUCGGGUGACACCACAGCUCAAAGGAAUCGGCUUAUAUUGGAGGUCUGUGCGCAAGCGUCUAUCCCACGUCAGGAUUAUUUUUCAUAUCAAUCAAAAAUGGGUUCGUGGUGUUUUCUUUUGGUGUCCUUGAUUUUUAUUUGCGGUGUUUAUGGCGGAGAGACACAGAGCAGUGAACAAAAGCAACAAUGCGUAGAAACUUUCCACCACCCCGGUCGCGAAAACUUUGUCCUCCACACGGAAGAGUCGAUCGAGGCUGGGGCUGUGUUCCUGGCGAACCCGAGCGUCGCUCAUGAGGACGCGUGCAUGGCUGCGUGCUGCAAAGACGCCAGAUGCAACUUGGCUCUCGUCGAAAACCAGGCGUCCGACAACAACUGCUUUCUCUUCAACUGCUUGUAUAAGCACAGAUUUGUCUGUAAAUUUACACCGAAGCAAGGAUUCACAAACUACAUAUUGAGUUCCGUCUAUGAAAAGUACCUGAGCGGCCGCAAAAGUGAGGGGAAGGACAGCCCUCCCAUUGCCAAUGCUGGCCGAGAUGUCGUGGUACAGCCAAACGAGGAUGUACUGCUGAAUGGCAAUGAGAGUUGGGAUGACAAGGAGAUCGUAAACUACGAGUGGAGCCUCACCCGUGGAAAUAAAUCCGUCCAUAUGGAGAAAACCAACUUUCGGGAUCAGAUAAGAGUGUCCAACCUGAUUCCUGGGGUGUACGAGUUCAAACUGACCGUGACCGAUUCAGCUGAUCAUUCCGAUUCAGCUCAAGUCAUUGUCUUGGUGCUCACUUCUGAGCAAUCCGAGCGUCACUGUUUAACCCCUAAAAAGACAGGACCAUGCCGAGCUUCUUUCAUUCGUUGGAAUUACAACGCUGCAUCCAGACGGUGUGAGCAGUUCAUCUUUGGAGGAUGCAUGGAGAACAGCAACAACUAUCUCUCUGAAACAGAAUGUCAGAAUGCCUGUGAAAACACAACAGUCAGAGCUGGUGGAGUAACGAGAAAGGUGCCUGUGGAAGAUUGUUCUUCACCGUGUGGAGUAGACUCGUUCAAAUGCUCAAGCGGAUGCUGUGUGAAGAAAGAGUUUGAGUGUGAUGGACAUCAGGAAUGCAGCGAUGGCUCCGAUGAAAAGAACUGCCAGCAAUUGAACGAAAGCCUGACCCGACUUCUUAAUAUUGAGGUGAAUAAAAAAGCCCAUUGCACAGACCCACCUGCCACAGGCCCAUGCCGAGCUCAUUUUCAUCACUGGUACUAUGACCCUCUUAGCAAAAAGUGUCAUUCCUUCACCUAUGGGGGCUGUGAUGGAAAUAGGAACAACUUUGAGACGGCAGACAAAUGCAUGAAGAACUGCUCUGGUGUCACAGACAAGGAUGUGUUUGCUAGAGGAUUACUCGUGAGGGGUGAAGAACUAGGAGAAAGCCAGUCAGCUUCUGUUGCUCUGGCUGUGGUUUUAGCUGUGGCCAUCUUGGCGGUUCUGGCUGUUUUAGGCUACUUUUACCUCAAAAACAGGAGAAAACAUCAGCAUCAGCGUGUGGCCACCAGCAAUCCUCCAGUGGGAGGCAGUGAAGAUGACCAACAGAUGGUCUACAGCAGCACCACUGCCAAAGCAUGACUCCAUACUCUUUGAAAUAUGUUGUGCCAUACGGUGUUUGACCAGUGUAGAAUGGAUUAUAUUAAUAAUUUCCAUAUAAGUUGAUAACCUUAACGUUAAACUAUAUAGCAUAUUCGCCCACUGAACCACAUUGUUUAUCUCAGGUCAAGGUGUUUUAUUUGGAUAUUUACGAUUAGUGUUGUUACAUUGAUCAGACCCAAUCAUGCUUUUUAGUUUAUUUUAUUAUAUUUUUUGUGAAAUAGAAUAAGAAAGUUGAUGAGUCUUCAAAGACAUUCUUCUAACAUGAGCAUUUUACCUUCUAGAAUUUGCCAAACAAAAACAUUGUAAUUGUUGAUUUGUUCAUUUGUUUCUAGCAAGUCUUCAAGUAACAAGUUCUUAACUCUGGGGAAUUUCCUAUAACAUAAUAGUUCUGUUUUAAUUGACAAAUAUUUUAUGGAGUUCCGAUUUAUUGUUUAUACUGUAUGUGGAAAGCCAUGAGUUCUUGUUUACGUUUACAACGUGUACUCUGCCAAAACAAUUGUGUCAUAUUUAUUGUAGAUAGAUGUGUGUGUGUUUUAAUUGUAUUUCACAUUACUUUUUUAAAAACCUUCAUUUAUGAUUUUAACCAUGUAAGUGCCUUUUGGUUUAUGGGGGCGGUUGUUUAUCUGGAGCUGUUAUUUUUCCCAAAUAAAAUAAGUUCAAAUGUU